AUGACGGAGUUAGCAACAGGAAGAAAUCGUUUGAUGAAGUGUCUUUUUAAUAUUGGACUUUCGAAGAAAAUUUGUCAAGGUAAUUCUGGUGUCACCACAGUUGAUCGGCAAAGUGUUACAGAAUGA